UCGCUCGGGGCUCGGCGCGCAGCGGAGCCGCCGGAGCUCCCGGCCCUUCCCGGCCCCUCCCGGCCCCGGCCCGGCCGGGCCAGGCUCCAGGCAGCGCUGCCGGUACCGGGGGCGGCGCGGGGCCGAGAGGGGCGGCGAUCCCCCCCGCCCAGAGCCCCGGAGCCCCGGCGGGCCCGGCCCCGGAGCGCGGCCGCCGCCACGGGACGGGAGAUGCGGAUCCUCCUCCUGUGCCUGCUGACUCUCGCCGGGACCCGCGGGCAAGCGGUGCAGACGCGUUUCGUGGAGGAGCCCGAGGACCAGACGGUGGUGGCGGGGCAGAGAAUCGUCCUGUCCUGCGUGGUGCUCAACUACUCCGGCAUCGUGCAAUGGACCAAGGACGGGCUGGCCCUGGGCAUGGGCCAGGGCCUCAAAGCGUGGCCCCGGUACCGCAUCGUGGGCACGGCCGACUCGGGCCAGUACAACCUGGAGAUCCGCGACGCCGAGCUCUCCGAUGACGCCGUCUACGAGUGCCAGGCCACCGAGGCCGCGCUGCGCUCGCGCCGCGCCAAGCUCACCGUGCUCAUCCCCCCGGAGGACCCCACGAUCGACGGCGCCCCCGAGAUCCUGCUGAGGGCGGGGACCCCCUACAACCUGACGUGCCGCGCCCGCAGCGCCAAACCCGCGGCCACCAUCGCCUGGUUCCGCGACGGGCUGCAGCAGGACGGCGCUGUCACCAGCACGGAGGUGCUGGCCGAUGGCAAGCGCGAGAGCACCACGAGCCUGCUGGCCAUCAACCCCACGGACCUGGACAUCGGCCGCGUCUUCUCCUGCCGCAGCUCCAACGAGGCCGUGCCCGCCGGCAAGGAGACCUUCGUCAGGCUCAACGUGCACCACCCCCCGACGGUGACCCUGUCCAUCCAGCCGCAGACGGUGCAGGAGGGCGAGCGGGUGGUGUUCACCUGCAUGGCCACGGCCAACCCCGAGAUCAAGGGCUACAGGUGGGCCAAGGGCGGGGUGAUCAUCGAGGAGGCCAAGGAGAACAGGUACGACACGCAGGUGGACUACACCUUCUUCACGGAGCCCGUGUCCUGCGAGGUGCACAACGACAUCGGCAGCACCAACGUCAGCACGCUGGUGGACGUGCACUUCGCCCCCCGGAUCGUGGUGGACCCCAAGCCCACGGUGACGGACAUCGGCUCCGACGUCACGCUGACCUGCGUGUGGUCGGGGAACCCCCCGCUGACCCUCACCUGGACCAAGAAGGAGUCCAACAUGGUCCUGAGCAACAGCAACCAGCUGUACCUCAAGUCGGUGACGCAGGCGGACGCGGGCCAGUACGUCUGCAAGGCCAUCGUCCCCAGGAUCGGCGUGGGCGAGAGGGAGGUCACCCUCUUCGUCAACGGCCCCCCGAUCAUCUCCAGCGAGCCGGUGCAGUACGCCGUGCGCGGCGACCGCGGCAAGGUCGAGUGCUUCAUCGGCAGCACGCCGCCCCCCGACCGCAUCGCCUGGGCGUGGAAGGAGAACAUUCUGGAAGCGGGCACGCUGGAGCGCUACACGGUGGAGAGGAGCAACACGGGCAGCGGCGUGCUGUCCACGCUGAGCAUCCAGAACGUCAUGGACGCCGACUUCCAGACGCGCUACAACUGCACGGCCUGGAACAGCUUCGGGCCCGGCACGGCCAUCAUCCAGCUCGAGGAGAAAGAGGUCCUGCCCGUGGGCAUCAUCGCCGGGGCCACCAUCGGGGCCAGCAUCCUCCUCAUCAGCUGCCUGGUGGCCCUCGCCUGCUUCCUCUACCGGCGCCGCAAAGGAAGCCGCAAGGACGUCACGCUGCGCAAGCUGGACAUCAAGGUGGAGACGGUGAACCGGGAGCCGCUGACGCUGCAUGGGGACAGGGAGGAGGACACGGCCAGCGUGUCCACGGCCACCCGCGUCAUGAAGGCCAUCUACUCGUCGUUCAAGGAUGACGUGGACUUGAAGCAGGACCUGCGCUGCGACACCAUCGACACCCGCGAGGAGUACGAGCUCAAGGACCCCACCAACGGCUACUACAACGUCCGCGCCCACGAGGACCGGCCGGCCUCGCGCUCCGUCCUCUACGGCGACUACCGCGCGCCCGGCCCCGGCCGCUUCGAGGCGCGGCCACCCUCGCGGCUGUCGCACUCCAGCGGCUACGCCCAGCUCAGCUCCUACCCCCGCGGCGGCCCCGAGUUCCCCGCGGAGGCGGCGGCGGCGGGGACGGCGGCGGGGGACACGGCCAGCCAGCUGUCCUACGAGAACUACGCGGGCGGCGCGGCCUUCCCGGGCGGCGCGGCCUUCCCGCCCUACCGGCUGGGCUUCGGCGCGGCCGCGGGGCUGGAGCGCGGCGCCUACGACGCCUACGAGGCCGUGGGCAAGUUCGGCAGCGCCGCGCGCUUCUCCUACACCUCGCAGCACUCGGACUACGGGCAGCGCUUCCAGCAGCGCAUGCAGACGCACGUCUAGGGCGGGCAGGGCUCCGCGGGUACCUCACCGGCGUCCCCUGAUAUUCAGGGGUUCGCCCCGCGACCCCCACCCCGGGUUUCCUUGGAGCUUCCGUUCAUUCCGUUGGUUGUUUUCUGCCGGUACUUUCCCGCCCCCGCGGAGGGAGGGGAGGGGUUGUCACCGCCUCGUCCCCUCCGUGUCGCCCACCGCCGGGGUUUGAGCCCUGUUGUCGUUCCUGGAGCUUUCCCAGGGAGCAGCUCUGCGUGUCCCUAAACCCAGGGGGACGUGCAAAUCCCAAAAACAGCCCCAUCCCGAACCACUCCCGUUGGGAUCUGCGUUCCCAAAUCCAGAGGGACACACAAAUCCCAAAAAAACCCAUCCCGAACCAUUCCCAUUCCCACUGGGAUUGCGUGUUCCCAAAUCCAGAGGGACACACAAAUCCCAAAAGAACCCAUCCUAAACCAUUUCUGUUGGGAUCUGUGUUCCCAAAUCCAGCGGGAUGUGCAAAUCCCAAAAACAGCCCCAUUCCAAACCAUUCCCGUUGGGAUCUGUGUUCCCAAAUCCAGAGGGACACACAAAUCCCAAAAGAACCCAUCCUAAACCAUUUCUGUUGGGAUCUGUGUUCCCAAAUCCAGCGGGAUGUGCAAAUCCCAAAAACAGCCCCAUUCCAAACCAUUCCCAUUCCCCAAACCAUUCCCAUUCCCACUGGGAUCCGCAUGUCCCCAAAUCCAGAGGGGACACGAAAAUCCCAAAAACAGCCUCAUCCCAAACCACUCCCAUUCCCAUUGGGAUCCACACAUCCCCAAAUCCAGAGGGAUGUGCAAAUCCCAAAAACAGUCCAUCCCGAACCAUUCCCAUUCCCUGAGGGCUCUGCAUGUCCCCAAAUCCAGAGGGACGCACAAAUCCUACAAAAACCCCAUCCAAACCAUUCCAUUCCACCAGGAUCAGCAGGAGGGUUCUGCGUGUCCCCAAAUCCAGAGGGACACGCAAAUCCCAAAACCAGCCCCAUCCCAAACCAUUGCCAUUCCCAUCGGGAUCAGCGGGAGGGUUCUGGUGUCCCCAGAUCCAGAGGGGACGCACAAAUCCCACAAAGACGCCCCAUCCCGAACCAUUCCCAUUCCCUGUGCCUUGAUUUUGGGGCCACCCCUCCCUCAGGGACGGCUGCCCCCCGUUCUCCCCCAUCCCCAAAUCCCCCCGGAGCGGUGGGAAUUGGGGGUUCUUGGGAGCAGCCCCCCGUUCCAUACGCACAUCGUUCCCAUGGGAAAGGCGGCGCUGGGAUCCCCCAACCCCCGUCCCGGGGUGCCCCCAGAGCUGGGGGGUCCCUCCUGCGAAUGUAAAUCCCGCUGGGAAUCGCAUUCCCGGGAAUCCCGGCAAACCGAAACAUCGGGGUCAGGAGCUCGGCCGGGCCCCUCUCCCAGUGCCGGGGACUGGGGGGCACUGGGGACCCCGGGUUGCGACUGGGGAUGUGGGGGGGGCGAGUUUUGGAGGGA